CAUCUUUCGAUCUGCUGCUCUUGUUGCAACCCAAUUUCUUUUCCCCCAACCUUCAGAGGGAAGACAGACUGUUGGUUCAGCUGCAGAGUCACGGUGCGCCUGGAGCCUUCAGGCCAGCACUAGGAGAGGAGAGUGAAGCGACUUGCCCAUCGUCGCGUCAACCCGAGAGAGACAGAGAUGAGGGGCGGCGGGCGGGCGCGGCAGAACGCGAUCCGGUCGGGCAUCGUGGUGCUGGGCGCCGCGGCCUUCGCCUACCUCUCCUACCGCGUCGGCUUCAAGCCCUACCUCGACCGCGCCCAGGAGGCCAUGGACUCCCAAAUCCACAGCUCCGACCACGCCGCAGCCGCCGCCGCCGCUGCUUCCGCCUCCUGGGAGGACCAGCCUGGUCACCCGGAGGGCGACGGCGGCCUCGCGCCGUCCAGGGACCCGGCCGCCGUGCUCCGCGACUGACGCGCCAUCCAGGGGCGCCCGCGGCAGCUUGGCUUGUUGUGGCAUUUCGCCGAACACUUUGUAAGCGGAUAAUAAAAUGUACUGGAACUGUUUCUUUUUUUCGCACUGUAAUUCCCCUACUAUUACUGCUGGCGUGGUUUCAAAGUGUUUAA